AUGGCAGAAGAACCUGACUACCCAACUUUGCUUAAUGUUCUAACUCCCAUAUAAAAACAUUCAGAAAGCUGCCAUUUUUUUAUAAUUUUUUAAUUUUUUUUAUAAUUUUUAUUAUAUUAUAAGAAAAGUGUUCCUUAAUGGGUGGAGUAAAAGAAAAAAACAAAGAAGUUAAAAACCUUCAAAAGAAAGUAGAAAGACUUGAAGAACGCUAUGUUUCCAAGCAUAGAGAAAAUGGAGAUCUUUUAAGCGAUAGAGAGGCUCUAAUUAAUUUCGCACAAACAGUACUUGAUCGAUCAAUUCAGCGAGACUUCGGCGGCUGCAAAGCAGAAGAACUUGAAUCAUUAUGAGCAUCUAAAGAAGAAGAACAAAAAAGAUUGAUAAGAACGAUGAGCCAGUCAUCAACUGAUGAAAUUCAAAAGUUGAAAGGAGAAUUAUCAAGAUUGAAAGAAAGCCUUAGAGUAAAGGAACAAGAAACCGCCGAAUUUAGAGCCCUAGAAGAACAACAUUCAGUUGUAUUAUCUCAAAUGGACGAAAUUCGAGGAGAAGCUGAAUACUUACUUCCCCAUUUAGUGAGCAAAAGCUUUUCGAUUUUAUUUAAUUUUCUUAACUCCCCCCCCCCCCUCCGUGAGCGAACAAAACCAUUAGAAAAAUCGCCAUUUUUUGACCCAAAAAACCCACCCUCCGUGAGUGAACAAAAAUUUUUUUAAUAGAAAAAAAUUUUAAUGGAAAAAAAUUUUGAUAUAUAAGUGAUAAUUAGUAUAAUGAAAUCUAGAGCUAAUUCUGUUUAAUUUUAAACAAAUUGCGUUUUAAAACAUAAAUUUUGCAAAUUAAAUUAAUAUUUGCUUCCCAAUUUUUGCAAAUUAGAUUUUUUUUUAAAUUUCGAAAAAAAUAUUUUUUUAUAAAAUUUAUAUAUAAAUUUUUUUUAAAAAAAAAAAUUAACCCCCCCUCCGUGAGCGAACACAAAAUUUUUUUGUUCGCUCACGGAGGGGGGGGGGGAGUAAGGUGCUUUAAUGUAUAAUUUUUUUAAAUUUUAUUAAAAACAAUAGCUAAAAGAUUAAAAAAAAUGCUGAGCUAUAUCAAUUAAUAGCUGCCAAAAAUUAUUUUUUUAAAGGAACUUAGUUAGAGAAGCAGAUUGAAAACUUAAAAGUAGAAAAUGCAAGAUUAAGGGCUCAACAAGAAGAAGCUACCAAAAACAAAACAAACAGUUUAAUUGCUGCCUUAGAGCAACGCCCGCCGACAUUUUCUGACGACGUUCCAAAGUUGCAGAAGUUAUUAGCUGAUGCUCAAGCCAGAAUUAGUUUUUUAGAGAGCGAAGUCAACCAAAAAGAAACUAAUGAAGACAAAGAAGUUGAAUACCUCGAUAGCAUUCAACAGCUCAAUCAAGAAAAGCACAGGCACGAGUCAUUAAUAAAAGAGCUCGAAGACCAGCUCUCUGACACAAAAAACGAUUUCCAAGAGCACAGAAAGCGAGCCCAAAAGUUAGUAUUAGAAAAAGACCAAACAAUAGACAGACUUAAGCUAAAAAUCAAAGAAUUCGAAAAACCCAGCGAAGAAUCUGACCAAAUCACAUCUAUGAAGAUCAGGAUUGAAGAGUUAGAAAAGUCUUUGUCAAGAGAAAAUGUGAACAUGGAGUACCUAAAAAACAUAGUCAUGAAGUAUAUGGAGUAUAUGUAUGCCGGAAAUCUCAGAGAAGCGACCAGUCUCGCCUAUGUGAUUUACACGAUCCUUGAUUUUACACCUGAAGAAAUUGAAGUCAUCAGGCUUGCAAGAGAGUCCAGCCAUAUCUACAGCAGUGUCACUGGACUCUUCACUGUGAAAAGUCCUGGAACUGGCUUGUCACACAACACUAUCCACACCUACGAAGGGAGACGAAGAGCCAACCUAGCUAAGCAACGAAAUGACUCUGAAGAAGAGGUGAAAUCUCAAACUUAA